UGGAUCUGGUCGUGGUUCCGCCUCCUCAGAUUCACUCCUUAGGUGUGUUUAUUUACAGGUCCCUCCCUGUCUCACUCAGAUACUCCAACUCUCAGGAUCUUGGGGCAUAGACCACAUUGCCCCAGACUCCUGAGCCCCAGGUUCAGCCAUGGGUACCUUCAGCAUCUUCCUCUGCAUCCUGUUCCUCUGUGGGGCUCUGGGUCUUACCACCUCCCCUGCCCAGGGGCGGCUCCACUGUUACAAGUGCAGCUUUGCCAAGCCCUGCAACCCUGUUCCAACUGAGUGUCAGGAUGAUGAAAUUUGUGGCAUCAGUAUUGGCACUUCAGAGUGGAAAGAGACCAUCGAGCGGAAAGGUUGCCUCCCAAGGACCCAGUGCCUGUUGCCUGGCCGUAUCAGCUACUGGUCACGCUCCUAUGACCUUCAACACCACUGUUGUGAGCAGGAUCUGUGCAACACAGCCACCAAGCUGCAGGGGCUCUCCAGCCCCCUCCUCACCCCUCUGCUCCCCCUAGUGGCCAUUUUUACCUGGGUCGGUGACCUCUUCCACUAGCCUCCUGCCCUCAGAUCUGCAGCCUUCAUUUCAGGACUCCACCACCACCAAGACCCCCCAGAAACCCCUGUACAGACACUUUGGAGAUAUGUCCCCAAACUGGACUUUGUACAGACCUCCAAUUCCUGACCCAGGACUUCCACACCCCUCCCAAGGGCUGAUUCACUGCUGCAGCCCCCUGCAGGCACCUAAUCAGAGCCCAAACUCAUAAGGAACUUUUUUCUUUUCUCCCUGGAGCACUGCUCAGCUGUGAGUUAUGGAGGUUUUGGAGACUGAUCCUGAGCAGGCAUGAAAGGUCUUUUGCAUAACUAUUAUGUUGUCUCCGCAGUCUAUGUUCUAUGUUUCUUGUCUUUUCUAGACACCCAUCACUGGAGCCUUCUCUCAGUCACAGUUCUUUAGCAAGGCAGGUGUUUUUCUGGAGUUGUGGGUUCCAAGCCAGGGAAUGGAAGUGGCAUCCAGUAAUACUGGUGUAUGUGUGUUUGCACUCUCUUAAAAAUAACCUCUGGCAGGACCUAGUGGGGGUUGUAUUGAUAUGUGGAAAACUAAGAAAUGUUAUGCAUGUACAAACUAUUGUAUUUAUUGUUGAUUGUAAAACAUUAAUGCUCCAAUAAAGAAAAAAAUAACCUCUGGCAGAUGGGGUUGGAGUACUGGAA